AUGUCGCUCACGAAUUGCCGGUUUUACGAGGAGAAGUACCCCGAGGUGGAGAGCUUCGUCAUGGUCAAUGUCAAGCAAAUCGCCGAGAUGGGUGCAUACGUAAAGCUACUGGAAUAUGACAACAUCGACGGCAUGAUUCUUCUCUCUGAACUGUCGCGACGACGUAUCCGAUCGAUUCAAAAGCUGAUUCGCGUGGGCCGCAACGAAGUCGUCGUCGUACUACGUGUUGACAAGGACAAGGGCUACAUUGACUUGUCAAAGCGCCGAGUAUCUCCUGAGGACAUCGUCAAGUGCGAGGAGCGGUACAACAAGUCCAAGAUGGUGCACAGCAUCAUGCGCCACGUUGCGGAGAAGACGCAGACCCCGAUUGAGGAGAUUUACCAGACGAUUGGAUGGCCACUGAACAAGAAGUACGGACACUCGAUUGAUGCAUUCAAGCUGAGCAUUACCAACCCAGAGGUCUGGAAUGAUGUUACCUUCCCCAAUGAGGUCGUCAAGGAGGAGCUGCAGAGUUAUAUUGGCAAGAGGUUGACACCACAACCCACCAAGGUCCGCUCGGAUAUCGAGGUUACGUGCUUCGGAUACGAGGGUAUUGAUGCUGUCAAAGAGGCUCUGCGAUGUGCAGAGGCCAAGAACACACCCGAGAACCAGGUCAAGGUCAAGCUGGUGUCGCCACCUCUCUAUGUCCUCACCUCGCAAUGUCUGGACAAGAACGCAGGUAUCGCAUGCCUCGAACAAGCCAUCCUGGACAUCAAGGAGAACAUUUCAAAAGCAGGCGGCGACUGCCAGGUCAAGAUGGCGCCCAAGGCGGUUACAGAGAACGAUGACGCGGAGCUGGCAGCGCUCAUGGAGAAGCGCGAGCGUGAGAACCAGGAGGUUAGCGGUGACGAGGAUGAGAGCACGAGCGAUGAGGGUGGUGUUGCCGAGGCUGAUUAA